GGAGGGUAAGGUAGUAUGCUCUUUUCGUAUUUCUUGGUUCCACGAAGAACCUACGCUGUCGGAAGAAGAUCAGCUGGGAUUAUUAAAUCAUACAGUGCGUGAAGGUAUGGCUUGCUGUGUUCGCAGUUCAGUCCAGAGGCCGUUGUUUCUCCGAACCGAAACAUUCUGGGCGCUUCUUCAGUAGCCCGAUUCCCUUGAGCAUCUUCCCUGUCUCUUCCCUUCACUCACUACCCUCAUGGCACACACCUACAUCCCUCUAAUGCUGGAUCACCAUCACCGCUUUCCUUUAUGGUUCCCUGACCCUGACCUCAACCUUCCUCUCCGUUGUCGAGACAAAGGAAUUUGCGUGGGCGAUCUUGGAUACAUCACUGUUCGCGGAGCGUUCGCCUACCUUUUCAAUGUCUACGCAUCCGCUGAUGAUCCUAUCUACAAGGGCCGCGUGCCCCCUAUCUUCGAGCCUCUGGAGAUUUCUGGUCCUUCCGCUCGAGAACAAGAACUACACCUAGAGCAUCAUACAUUGACUACGCCUGGUAUACAACAAACUGCGUCCACUGGAGGGGCUCUCACCUCCGGCGUCGACGGAGGCGUUGGUCUCACGUUCUCUUGCUCUUCUACUCAAGGCGCCGCCCUAGUCCUCCCAGACGGUGCCGUGCGCUACGAUGCCAAUCAAUCUGCUCAGGCUAAACUUCACAAGUACGCGAAGAAGUAUGCCCAAUAUUGGUACCAGUAUCUCAAUGGUGAGCAGGGCCGAGAGAUGCGUAAUGGAUCUCUAUACCUCGUCACAGGAUGUGACAAAUCUCAUUCAUGGGAAGCGGUAUGCUUUCAUCCUCCUACGCAUGGCUCUGUAUCUUCGCCUUUCUCUAUCGUUGGAGCAGCCGAGGUUGGAGGAACGAUCUCGCAUGAAUGGAUGUUUCAGACGGGACCUUCUCGCUGUAAUCAUCGGAAGGACACGAUGGAUCCUAAUCAAGCAAUUUUUCUCCGUGCAUACUCAAUAUCUGUGCGAGAGAAACCGAUGAUCCAGGAGCAACUGCUCAAAGACAAGACAACUGGUGCUGUGGAGAUUUUUUCGAUCGAUGGUAGCAAGACGAAAGGUCCUCUGAUCGUUCCGUUGGUUCCAUAUGGCGUCGAGAGUCGCUAUAGCGCACCAGUAGAAGAUAUGGAUAUGUACGGAGAAGGUGCAGAGGACGAUAGCGAGGAUGAUACUGACUCCUCUGAUGACGUUGAAGACCCAGAGAGAUUCUCGCAAGAGGCUGAGGUAAUCGAAGAUAAACCUCAGGUCUACAAUCCAUCGGCCAAGAUAAAUGAGUAUAUUCUCCAAAAUAUUCCAAUUGCAGACGUUGCGAUCACCCAUGAUAAAGACUGGAUGAAGUUUAUACGCCAUGAACGUCCCGAUGGUGUAGAAUUAGACACCGAAUUUCUACGCGACGAGGAUUCCAUACGUCGCUUUAUUGAACAGGCUGUCAUGUCCAUCUCAGAGGGUAAGACUUGCAAUUUUUCAUUUACAGCUCUGACGUUCAGAAAUGGGUUGUGCAACGUUUGAAAUUACUACAGACACAGAGCUGAU